GCCAAAGUCAUGUCUAAUCUGACAUUACACCCUCGAUUACUUCACAUGUCAUUAAGCGUUUUAGAUUAUGAAAACACUUCCAAAUAAUAUUUCUAUGUUUCACACAUUUGGCUCGGGGGGCAUUGAAGUGACUUAAAUAUUUACAUUUUAGAAUUACAAUCAGCAGGGGGCACCAGCUGAACAUGGUUUUAGUUAUGAUGCAACCCAGCAGCCCAGGGGAGAUAACAUGUUGGAAAAUUAAAUUACUGACUGUUUACAACACCUUUUCUUUUAUAAUUAAAUGGUUACAAUACUCAAUAUCAGUUAGCACACUCACAUAGUUAUGCUGAUACCCUCCCCUAAUGUAGCUGAAUGUCAAUUUACUGUUGUGUUUUGACUUCACACAUCACCUUCUUACAUCAGACGCAUACAUUUGAGAAACAUCCUCAUUUGACCUCAUCGCCCUUGUGCUCACAAACGUUGGGGCAUCUGCAUCAUGUGAUGGUUUAAGAAUAGCUUCUCCCUCAUGUUUACCGUACUUUGUGUUGAUCGGCCAGGGAUGCUGAUGUACGGUUAUGUCGUAAGAGACACCAUUGAUCGUAAUUUAUUGGUGGAUGGGCUGAAUGUGGUAAUUUCACAAUGUCAACUCUAAAUGCAAACAGUUUCUAAUGAAGCAGUUUUAAAAAAAGGUCCAUAUAGACUGUUAUUAUUGUAUUUACACUUUCUAUUGGUUAAGACCAUCUUAAUGCCGUUGAUUGUGCAAAAACAACAUCACAAAUGAUUUGAACCCAAAUGAUGUCUUAGAAUUUCUCGAUUUGUCUGUCACAGUUGAACACCCCAACAUACGUUUAUAAAGAAACAAAGGAAUACAAGCACAAUGUCAUAUAUGAAAGGCAUUUAUCAGCAAAUGGUUGGAUUUUUUUCUGAAAGAGACUUUAUGUAAUCAAUAGUUUGAUAAAGAUGCAAUUAAUCCAAAAAAAGUGUGUAUUAAUAUUAAUAUUAAUAUUAAUGAGUGAUUUAAGUUUGGGCAUUAAUGCCAAAAGUGUAUGAAAGAAAUUCUCAGCAGUACAGUUAGUGUGAUUUCUGUUGUAAACAAAGCAGGUUGUAUAAAUAGCAAACUAGGUAAAUAACAGAUCCAAGGAGAUGAAAUCGUCCAAACAACACAGGAGUCACAGGAUGUUGACAUCGACUUGUUUACCAAUUAGACUGAGCUCCCUCUCAGCUAGGGCAUCUCUGAACCGGUCACAUGGGCCCUGGUUGUCUCAGCUCAGUCCACCACUUGUGUCACUGUAAGAGGGUACACAUUACCCACUGUGACAUGUGACACAUGCGGCACUUGGUAGGAGGGGGCCAUUUCUGUGAAAAGAUCCCAGGGCAGCAAGCAGGCAGGAAUGUGUGCUCUGGUUGGUGGGGAUCGGAUGUCACCAGCUGUGAGGGGCUGGUAUAAAGGACAGAGCUGCUAGCUCUCAGCCAGAAUAGAUAUCAGCAUUUCACAAGUAACAGCACACACACACGAAGGAUAAGUUUGCAGAGUCUACCCUUUAUUUUAGAGAGAGUGAAGCUUUUAGUUUUCUCUGGUGACAAUUAGGAAGUUUCCUGGUGUAACUGUAGGAAGAGACUUUACCAUUAUGGACGUCCAGAGGACAGGAUCUAUGGUUCGGCCUCCGAGCCCAAUGGAUAGCCUUGAGAAGCAGCUGAGCUGUCCCAUCUGCCUGGACAUGUUCACCAAACCUGUGGUCAUCCUGCCCUGCCAGCACAACUUGUGCCGUAGUUGUGCCAGUGACCUGUACGACUCGCGCAACCCAUACCGCUUUUCUGGCGGCGUCUUUCGCUGUCCUACCUGCCGGUUUGAGGUUGUCCUUGACCGCCAUGGCGUGCACGGGCUCCAGCGCAACCUGUUGGUAGAAAAUAUUAUCGACCUCUAUAAGCAGCAGCAAGAAGGUAGUGGCAGUGGAAGCACAGAUACCACCCUGAAGCCUAAAGAAUCCAAAGAACCGAUGUGCCAAGAACACGAGGACGAGAAAAUCAACAUCUAUUGCGUGACCUGCCAGGUACCCACCUGCUCCAUGUGCAAAGUGUUCGGCCAGCAUAAGGACUGUGAGGUGGCACCUUUAGCGAGUGUUUACCAGGCACAGAAGGGUGAACUGAGUAAUGCCAUCGAUACCCUGGUGGCCAGCAACGGGCGCCUGCAGGCCCUGCUCAACCAGAUGGAAGACGCCUGCCGCGCUGUGCAGGAGAAUGCUCAGCGCGCAAAGCAAGGGCUAGCUGAACGCUUUGACCUGUUAUAUGCUGUCCUGGAAGAGCGCAAGACCCUUCUCCUGGAGCAGAUUGGUAAAGAGCAAGAUGAGAAGGUGGCGGCUCUGCGGGCACUGGUUCAACGCUACGGUGAGCGACUGCAGGCGAGUUCGGAGCUCACGGACACCGCUGUGAGGGCGCUGGAGCAGGGUGGCGCUGCUGAGUUUCUGUUAGCCUCCAAGGGCCUCAUCACGCAGACCAAAGACGCAGCUAAAUGCUCACUGGGGGAAGAGAGGCCAGAGCCGGGCUUCGAGAAGAUGGACCACUUCACUUUGUCAACGGAGCAUGUUGAAGCAGUCCUGGCAAAAAUGGACUUUGGUGUGGUUGAUGACGAAGAAUUUGAGGAUGCAGAAGAGGAGGAGGAGGAGGAGGAGGAGGAGGAGGAGGAGGAGGAGGAAUAAUGAAAAUUGAAGUGGUAACGGACUUGUAGGAAAUACUGUAAUGUGUGCUUUUGAAAGUGUUUAUGGCAGGGACUCUGCAUUUGAUGUUGAAAGAAAUAUAAGGUUACAGUGGAUGUGGGCUAAAAUGGCUUGCCCCUACUCUCAGUGCAAUAUUUAAUUUCAGUGUCGUAUUCGUACCUUUUCUUAACCUCUUUUUAUACUUUUGUACUUCUAAGCCAUUUGAGUGGAACCAUGGGUCUCGAUAAAUGUAAAUACAGAAUGUCUGAAGGUUGAUUACACAUCAUUUUCCUCAUGUGUAGCUCAUGGAAAUGUUUAUUCUCACUUUGUCUAAGUUUGUGUUGAAUUGGUGACCAGCUGAUCUGCCUGUAAUCACCACAUCUGUCUUUAAUGGAACGUGGAAUAAAGCUGCAUGAAGUUGA